AUGGUACUAAAAUUUGAUUACCAAAAUUCGUGUACUAAAAAAGUUAGGACAGAUUUUAUAACUAGAAUAUAUAACAAUGCUUCACUCCCUAAUCCAGAAAUAGAAUAUCUCGAUGCAUUGGGAUUAUUGCAAAGCAAUGGAGCCCCGCCCUUAUUUGAUUCCUCAGAAAUUGGUGAAAGUAGUCAUUCAGAGGCUAACUCAUCUCCAGAGGCUGAAAGAGAAUAUCUUGAAGCAUUAGGAAUAUUAGAACCUAUUUCGCAAUUCCAUCAAACGGAUAUUAUUAGUUCAGGAUGUGAAUUAUUAGACGAUCAUUAUCAA